GCAUUGUCAGAGCUUUGGCAGAGAGAUAUUUUAGAGUUCACGCGAGAGAAAGAGAAACGGGAAGGUUUCACAUUUUUCGGAAAUAAGAACUGAGCAUAAAUCUACUUUUGGAGAUUUCAUAACAAGUUCAAAAUGUCACACGGCAAAGAAUUUCAGCAGAUGGACGUUUCCAUGGAAGAAUUAAAUAACGUCACAGAGAACAUUCUUCAGCAAAAUGACACUUUGAGAAAACAUCUGGAGAAAAUUUCCAAGAAUUUACGCAAAAGGAAAGAUUUGGACGCUUCAUGCAAAAACUUGAAAAAGACACGAAAAGCUGCUAUCGAGGAAAACAGAAAACUGGUGAAGCGGCUGGAGAGUCUAAGAGUGGACGUGGAAAAGCAGAUACACGUGGAAAAAGUGUGUGAAGAAGAGAGGACAAAAACAUAUCAGGCCUUGGAAAGUAACCAAGAACUGAACAGAGUGACGGCCGCUCUUCAGUCCAAACUUCAGCAGCUGCGACAAAUGGAAGAAGAAAUCUCCAGCAUGAAAUCUGAACGUAAACGUUUAGAACGGGAGAACAGAGAUCUGCAAUCCCAACAGAAGAAACUCCAAAAGAAGACUGCCCGCAAAGCACACCUUGAACCUUAUUGGAAAAAGCAAUUUGAUGAAUUCCAGGCUUUGAAACAAGAAACUAAAGAACUGAGGCAAAACCUUCAGGAGCUGAAAGACCAAAAUAAGGAACAAAAGAGGUUGGCAGGCAACUAUCCUAGCAUGGAAGAAGAAUGGCUACGUCUGACAGUUCUGAGGGCUCAACUGGGAAAAGAGAUUUCUGAACAGAGAGGGCAGCAGGAGGAAACACGUCAGCUGAUUGCUCGACGUGAGGAGGAAAGGAGAGAACUGGAAUUGCUCCGAGAACAAACGAAGGCCUUCACAGCAGAAAAAAAUGCACUGGCAGAAGAACUGCAACACCGUGAAGCAUUGGAGUGUGAAUACAAGGAGAUGCAAGAAGAAACUAACCACUUGGUGACAACAUUCCUCACGCUGAACAUAGAUGUUGCAGAGCUGAAGCACCAGGUUUCAAACAUGGAUGAGGUGCAGGAACAACUUAAUGAUGAAAAGGAGAGAAAUUUGAAGGUAAAAAACGAGGUUUCAGAACUAAAACAGCAGCAGAAGGAACUCCAGAGGAAGGACAAGGAAGUAAAAGAGGUGAAAGCUGAAUUUACCAGAAUAUCUGAAGAAAAAUCCCAACUUGAAGACAAAAAGAAGCGGCUUCAGGAGGAAGUUUCAGAACUGAAACAGCAGCAGAAUGAAGUCCGAGAACUGGCUGUUCAAUUCAACCAUGUACUGAGUAAACUGGGACCUCUUCGAGAAGAAACCAAGGACCUCAGAGAUGAAAAAACAAUGCUGACAGAUCUGCUGAAACACCGUCAGACACUGCAGACUGAAUACGAUGAGAUUACAGCAGAAACAGACCAAACGGAAGCUGAAAACUUUAACCUCCUUGUAGAGGUUGAUGAUCUGCAGAAGAAGCUCUCAAAUCUGAAAGAUGUGGAGGACAGAAUUUUAAAAGCAAAGGAGAAAAAUCUGAAGGCAAAAGAAAAACAUGACUCUCUCCAGAAGGAACUCCAAGACCUGAAAGUUCAGAUUCAGGCUCCAAAACAGGAGAUUGCUGCUCUAGAGAAGGAAAUCAAAGAUCUCCAGAGGAAGGACAAGGAAGUAAAAGAGGUGAAAGCUGAAUUUACCAGAAUCUCUGAAGAAAAAUCCCAACUUGAAGACAAAAAGAAGCAGCUUCAGGAUGAAGUUUCAGAACUGAAACAGCAGCAGAAUGAAGUCCGUGAACUGGCUGUUCAAUUCAACCAUGUACUGAGUAAACUGGGACCUCUUCGAGAAGAAACAAAGGACCUCAGAGAUGAAAAAACAAUGCUGAGAGAUCUGCUGAAACACCGUCAGACACUGCAGACUGAAUACGAUGAGAUUACAGCAGAAACAGACGUUGUACAGGAUGAAAACUUGGACCUUCAAAAUAAAGUUGCUGAUCUGCGGAACAAGGUUCAUAAUUUGGAUGAAUUGGAGGAAAAUGUCUCAAAAGCAAAGGAGGAAAACCUCAAGUUAAAGGAGAAACAGGACCUUCUCAAGAAGGAACUCCAAGACCUGCAAGUUCAGAAAGAACAGAUGAGGUUAAAGAAACAAGACGGUAGUGGAGGAAAAACGGGACUUUGUUGUAAAGAAGGAAGAUCUGCCUCAGGAGGAAAACUCUGCGUCUUUAAAAGAACAUCCAAAACCUUGAUGAACCGAUUCUGAUUCUGAAGCAGCAAAAAUACAUUUUCCAGCAAGAACCUGAUGAUCUGCAGGAUCAACGUCAGGAAAAAACAGGCAGUACAUGAAAACUGCCUGACGGAAAAAAGGGAAAGUUUCAACCUGGAAGACCUGAUAAGUGAUCUGAAAACCAAGUUUUCAGAUCUUAUCCUGAACCAGAGCGAAAAUCCAGAGUUUUCUCCAAAUCUAAUCAGGAGAAAGACUUAAAAAAAAGAAAAGGAUUGAAUGUUUAGAAUAGGGACAUAGGGAAGAAACAGAAAUAGGGUUAAAAUGGGGGAAAGCCUUUAUUUUUAGUCCAUAGUAGGACACAAAAAGGCAAAAGCUAAAAUGUUUAGAAUAGGGACAUAGGGAAGAAACUGAACUGGGGUUAAACUUGGGAAAACCCAUGAUUUUUAGACAUAGUAGGACACAAAAAGGCAAAAACUCAAAUGUUUAGAAUAGGGACAUAGGGAAAAUAAAGAACAUAAAUUGGGUAAAACGUGGGAAAAGCCUUUAUUUUUAGUACAUAGUAUAUAGGACACAAACAGGCAGAAAUGCAAAAACAAAGAAACAUAAAUGGGAUAAAAAUAAUGUCAUAAGAAGGGAAAAUAUUUUUUUCCUUGUGACAUUUAUGGUGUAUAAAAAUGUGUGUGUGUGAGUGUGUGUGUGUGUGUUUGGUGGAUGGGGAGGGGGUUAACAAUGUAUACCCCCCCUCACUUAAGUGUCCUCCUCCCUAACAAGCAACAUCACUUGUUAGGGAGGAGACCUGAGGGGGGGGACACAUUUUUAAAGGCCCUUCUCCCCCCUACCGGACACAUGCAGACAUAACACACACCAUCUCCCGGCAUGAAACAUGGGUUUAUUAAUUUGUUAAAAUCUGGCAUUUAAAAAAAAAAAAAGGGUGACACACUAAUAAGUGUGUUUGUGUGGGUUUUCUCUGAGGACUUCAGUUCCCCCCACCCAACCAGAUUACAAUGUUUUUAGGAUUAUUAUAAAUUGAAAUUUGUGAAUUUAAUUUUUUUUUUAUAAUUAUUUCUGCUGGUAGAUAAUUUAAAAAAAAAACCUGCACAGACACGAUAAAGAAAAAUAAAAAAAUAAGAUCUGACUAAUUAAUUUGUCAAAAUCUGGCAGAACUUUUAAAAAAAAAGGACGACACACCAUUUAGUGUGUUUGUGUGGGUUUUCUCUGAGUACUUCAGUUCCCCCCACCCAACCAAAAAUAGUUCCUGUGUAAAAUUUUUGCUAAGCGGAUCAUUUUUUUUAAUUAAAUUUAUUUCAUUCAGGAAAAAAAAAUAAAGAAAACAUAAAAAAAGUAGAAUCAGAAAGAAUUGCAACACUAAAUUUAUCCCCUCCGUGAACCGCCAUCUUAA